AUGGCGCAAUGGGCGAUCCGUAAUGGAGUGCAUCAGCUGGCAGGCCUGCCGUUCAUGGGACCGCGGAAGAAGCAUGGUGAAACAUGCGAAUCUUCUAACGCCUACAUCCCUCUCAGGAGAAAGGCGAUCAUCACGAUACGAACCGAGUUACAAUGGGAUCCGGACGGAACCAGACAAGGCCUAGCCAUUGCCAAAUUUUUGACCCGAGCGAAGAGUGAUGCAUCUGGGGGAUUUAAACUUGGUGACAGCUGGAAACAGCACGUGCCUGAGACUAGGGCAAAGGCGCAAAAUCAACUUAAUCAAGUACCGCAAAUUGCAAAUCAUGAACUGCAUUUAAGUCUAUUUGGGCUAGAAAGCCAAGUAAGGGAUAGCAUGGAUUUGCAAUUCCAGCAGAAUAACUUGAAAGCAGAAGAUGAUACUUACUACGCACAAGAUCAUCCAAAUGUUAAAGCUACCAAAAUUUGGUUAAACGAGGCUAAAUGUGGCGAUUGA